AUGGCCAUUACUUCGCCAAGAAAACAUUUGGCAAACCCACAUACUGCCAUCAUUGUUGCGAUAAAAUAUGGGGUAUGCUCACGCAAGGAUAUGCAUGUGAAGAAUCCGGUUGCGCACACAUGGUCCCAACCUGGCUUGAUCAAGCGGAAGUUCUGCUGUGUGUGCCGUAAACGAACGGAUGAGUCAUUGUCACUGGAAUGUGAAGUUUGCGAGUACUACGUUCAUGUGGAUUGCUCUGAUUUGGCUGUAUCCGACUGCAAAGAAGCGGCUACUUAUGUGCCGAAUUUGGAUUUAGCUCAUGCUGUUUGCUAUCGUCAGAUGUCGAAGGAGUGCGAUUUUGGUGUGUUACGGAAGAUAAUGCUACCUCCGUCGUCACUGACAAUUCCACGGACGGAACUACCAAUGGAGCAACUAUUGGCGAUCACAUCUAACGAUCCCCCACAGUCGCGUAAGGUAUCUUCACCAUCAAAAAUUCAAGCGGAUGAUGUGUCAUCAUCGGGUGAAGAUAUGAAAGAACGAGAAGACACGGAAAUACUCCGAGUUUUCGACGGUAAUUCGUCACUUCGUGCACAAGUCUGCAGAACCGCCAGCGUCCCUAAAACUGCUACUGUUCAACAGAUUCGU